CGGAGGUGUCAGAGCUGCUUCAACUGCCUUGAGUGUGCGAUGGCGUGUCUACAUGACGAGAGUGGUGGCAGCGGCAGUGGGUGCUCCUGUGGCAGCGUCUGCAGACCAAUGCAGACAGUCGAGGAGUCGGUGUGCUGCAGGGAGUUGCACAAUGUGGUGCGUAUGUGCAGUGACCAGGGGGUGCCUUGUGUAACAAAGCACCCCUUGUUCGAGCUGUAUUGCCUAAACACCGACAUCUUGGACCUAGAGCACCUCAAGCUCCGGUACUUCUGCCCUCUUGAUGCAGGAGACAGGGGCCCACAAGAGAGGCACCGCUACACUGCCUACCGGCAAUUCACUUGGUGGGUUCACCAUAAGCUGGGGCGCGGUAACCGGGUGCCACUGCCCAGCUGCGCCGUGCAACGAAUUCGACGAGAGUUCCGAUCCACCGAUGGAAGUUAUGUCGGUUUCAAGAAAUAA